AUGGAGCUGGAAGCAGCAGUUUUGGGAGCACGGCUCUGCCGGUCGGUGGAAGUCGCCCUCCGUCUGGUUGAAGAGGAAAGCGAGGACGGCGGAUCAAAAGCCGAAUCAUCAAGCAGAUUCUUCUGGACCGACUCCCGUAACGUACUGGGGUGGCUCAACUCCGACAGUCGCCGGUACAGCCAGCACGUCGGGCACCGAGUCGUGGAGAUUCUUAAAACGUCCAAAUGCCGGGAGUGGCGAUGGGUACCCACGAAGCUCAACCCGGCAGACGACGCAACCAAAUGGAGCAGGAUGCCCGACCUCGCCGCCACAAGCCGGUGGUUCCGGGGCCCUCAGUUCCUGUGGGAAUCCGUCAAGACGUGGCCCGCACAACCGGCGGAAAAGCCGGUCACAGGAUCGGAGCUGAGGCCAGCUUUCGCCGGCCAUCACUCGUUCGACGCUCCGUCAAUACAGCAGCCCGUGGUCGACGUGACGAGAUUCUCGGACUGGGCAAAGGUGCUCGUGGUAACCGGAAGGGUAUUGCGCUUUGUUCACAACUGCAGGGCUAGUAGUACCCAAAGAGUCGGAUCGUCAGGCCCUAUAACAGCGGAGGAAAGGAGCCAGGCGCAACGGGUUAUAAUCAGCCAGGCACAAAGGGAGGCGUUCCCCGCGGAAAUCGACCUGCUGAAGAACGCCAAGACGUCCACUAGGCGUACGACCGUGAUACCAAAACAGAGCACGAUCCAUUCGCUGAGUCCGUACCUGGAUGAGUGCGGAAUCCUACGCAUGCGAACGAGGAUCGCUGCAUGUCACUACGCAACAGAAGACGCGAAGAGGCCGGUAAUUCUACCACGGCGUCAUCCGGUCACGGAGCUGAUAGUGCGAAAGUUUCAUGAGAGGUUUCAUCAUCGAAACCACGAGACAGUGAUUAACGAGGUGCGCCAGCUCUAUCACAUUCCUCACCUCCGGUCCUGUUACGCUAGAGUGCGGAGGAACUGCCAGUGGUGCAAGAAUGCGGCUGCAGAACCGAAGGCUCCCAUCAUGGCCGACCUGCCCCCGGCGCGUCUUGCGGCCUAUGUACGGCCAUUCACAUACGUAGGACUUGAUUACUUUGGCCCAAUCGAAGUAGCCGUGGGAAGGCGAGUCGAAAAGCGGUGGGGCAUGCUGGCUACGUUCCUCACAGUGCGGGCGGUCCAUAUCGAGCUGGUUCACUCGCUGACCACCAGCUCAUGCAUCAUGGGUCUGCGGAAUCUAAUUGCGCGCAGAGGGACCCCGCUCACAAUAUUCUGUGAUCGAGGAACCAACUUCGUCGGUGCGCAGAGGGAACUGCAACGCAACCCGGAGCUGAUCGACCACGUCGAUAUCACAAAAGAGUGCAGCCAACGCGGGAUACGGUGGGAGUUCAACCCGCCACAAGCCUCCCACAUGGGAGGUAGCUGGGAGCGCCUGAUCCGGACGGUGAAGGAGAACAUCGUUGCUGCGAGCUCAGCCAAGCGUUUGAACGACGAAGUGCUGCGCAGCCUGCUGGUCGAGGUCGAGAGCAUUAUGAACGCGCGGCCCCUCACACACGUGCCGGUAGACGACGACUCGGCCCCGGCCCUAACACCGAACCACUUCCUGUUGGGUUCGUCGAAUGGCAUGAAGCAGCCGGGCGAGUUGGACGACAGCGGCAGCCUUCUGCGGCAGAACUGGCGAACAUCACAAGCGUUGGCCAACAGAUUCUGGAGGCGGUGGGUGACCGACUACUUGCCAGAGAUUACACGACGAACAAAGUGGCACCGAUAUAACGAACCCAUCAGGACAGGAGACGUGGUAGUCAUCGUCGAUCCCAGGCUACCCAGAAACUCCUGGCCAAAGGGCGUGGUAGAGCAAGUUUUCGCCAGCAAGCAGGACGGUCAGGUUCGAUCCGCAAGGGUCAGGACGGCGAACAGCACUUACGUACGACCAGUCACGAAGCUCGCCGUGCUAGACGUGAUACGCCAAGAGUCAGGGGAAGGAGUGAUACGGGAUGCGCCGGGGUGCUAG